UAAAAAACUUGAACACAGACCGAACCUUUUUUUUUACCAAAAUCUCUUUUGGACCACACAAAUCGAGACACCCUAACCUCCAUAUUGGGAGUGCCAAUUUCCCCAAAUUGGUCCCAAAGCACCGUAGUUAAAAAAGACCAGUAGCAAGUUAUAAUAGUUUUGAGUUUCGAAUUGAUUGUGAAUAAAAGCAGCUGAAGUCGGCCGAAGCCACUUUAAAUGCCAAAUGAUAAUUGUAAUUAAAUUGCCCACCACGAAACCGAAGUAAAAAGUGGGCCAAGGCUGCUUGACUUUCAAAUGCCUGCUGCAGGGCGAAUCAAUAGGCCAUACAUUUGUGAUAGGUCCGAAAUGAAUAAGUGAGCAGAGUUUGAUUUAAAAUUCAAUAACCAAACACACGCAGCUGGGCCACUCGGCCGAGUUUUACCUGGACAAGGAGAAGGCGAAGAACAUUCUCAACUACACGGAGCUGCUCAACAUUUUCGGGGCGGAGGAGCUGGAGAACCAGUUGCUCAACGACCAGGGUCAGGCGCAGCCAAUGAGCUUUCAGGCCAAUCCCAUCUUCAAGACCGAGCAGGGCAAAUACCUAGCUAAUUCCCUUGCCGAUCCGUUGAUAAAGGCCCUCACUGAAAUAGCCAACAAGAGACCCAAAGAUCCAGUGGCCUACUUGACCAACUACCUCCAGCACUUCAUGGGGGAUCGCAAGCCCAUGACCGAGGUGCAGGUCCACUCGGGGAGCAGCAAGGCCAGCACCAGCUCCCCCGCCACCCAGACGUUGGCCAAGUCGAAUGCCAGUUCAAGUCAAAGGAUGGCCAGUACCCGAAAUGGUCCUGGUCCCACCAACGCAGACCUCAUCGAGCUGGACGCACGCUCCCUGGCCGAGGAAGAGGACGCGGAAGGAGCGCUGGCGGUGCAACACAUGGAGGAGCGGGACGAGCACGGCCAGAGCAUGCUGCACUUCGCCUGUGCCCGCUCCCACCGGCGGGGAGCUCUCUACACCCUUAUCGAGGAGUCGGGCAUUGACAUCACCUACCGGGACGAGCUGUACCGUACCGCUCGCGACGUCUCCUUGCAAGCGAAUCAGCCCAAUAACGCGGCCGAAAUCGACCGAUUUGUCCUGGCCCAGGCAGUCAUAGGCAACGUGGAACCCUUCGAGCAACUGGCUCUGCAGGGCUACGACCACAUUCUAGACAUCGAAGACGAAAGCGGUCAGUCCAUUGUAGAUGUCGUACAGUCCCGGCAGAAUGAGGCUCUUGGCGAGUUCCUUACCAAUCUUCGGGCCUUGGAGGAGAGUCGUGAGGAGCUGCAUCAGAUGAUCAGGGAGAACAACAUGGAGCGCGUAAUGGAGCUGACCGACGUUGCCAAUGCCAAGUGGUUGGUUAAGACCAAGAAUUACUAUGGUCGAACCGCCCUGCACAUAGCGGUGCUGAAGGAGUCCGAGGAAAUGGUUCGGCGCCUGGUGAAAGUCUGUCCUGAGGCCCUGAAAAUCCCAGAUAACCUGGAUCGCACUGUGCUGCACUACGCCAUGGGAACCAACGCGCUGGAGAGCGUCAGCCGCAUUUUGAUCCAGAACGGGGCCAAGCGGACCGCCAAGGACCUGAAGGGACGGCAGCCAAGCUAUUACUUCAUCAACAAGGCGGACAUCCUGCGGCUGCAGGAGGAGGAGGAGGAGAGCCGCUGAGAGAACGGGUCAAGCAAUAUGUAUAGUAUAAAGUACUCUAAGCCGUUAUAUAGUCCAAUAAAGUACAAGUAA